UUGUCUAACUCUUUCUCUUUCACGACGACUCGAUUUAAGUCUCCGAAUGUUUGACUACAAAUGUGAGAGUGCUCUCCGGCUCCUCCGCCUUUGUCCCGCGAGGUUUGAAUGAGUAAUUCAGCUUUUGUGUGGCUCGAUUGAGGGGGCAAACAGAAAGACAAGAUUCUUGAGCGCUCAAGCCCCCUCUCCAUGGUUAUGCGCACAUCUCCUCCCCUGAACCCGCUCCUGACAUCCCUGUAAGGGGAAGAGCGCAACUUCAGAUCGUCUUCUGGAAGUGAGGUGAAGCGCGGCUUCAGGGCCACGGGGCCCUCGCUCCAAACUCCGUCAAAUCACAAACAGACUGCGGCGAGCGCGGGACGAUCAGGCCACCGUUUGUUUCCACUAAGAAAUAUUGCAUCUGCUGCUGUUUUCCCUCUCGGGGAUUUCCAUGACAACAGUUUGGGGUGGCAAAGAAUCCGACACCGGGAUCUCGGUGGCUCAUUGGGGAGCAUUGUGAGGAAAGUGAGGUCUCUGAUUGGCUCAGGAAAGCACCAUAACUACACCCAGUCUAUAGCCAUUCAGCUUCUUAGAGAGCUUGGGCUACUACAGAGCUGGACCUCACUCUGGCUUUGCUUUGCCAGGUCUGAUGCGAAGCUGGAGUCAGUAUUGCGACUGUUGACUGUAGAGCUGGAGGUCAGAGCUUCACAGGAGUGCGUGAGGAUGUGCUGCUGAGGUCUGCGUGAUGGCGAGCUCCGACAGCGAGGUCAAGACGCUCCUGAACUUCGUCAAUCUGGCGUCGAGCGACAUCAAGGCGGCGCUGGAUCGAUCCGCGCCCUGCAGGCGCUCCGUGGACCACCGCAAAUACCUGCAGAAGCAGCUCAAGCGCUUCUCGCACCGCUACGCCAAGAUGCCCCGCUGCCAUUCGCACAGAAACGGCGACUCGGCGCCCGCUAAACUCUCCGAGGAUAAAGCGCCGCCCGGGCCCGGGAGCGGGAGAGAGGAGCGUCUGAACGCGGAGGACGGAGCGCGGUCGGGACAGGGACAGGGACAGGCUCCGACGCCGAUGCGCAAGCGGCAGCUCCCGGCGUCCUUCUGGAAGGAGCCGCAGUCCUCAUCCGGGAGCCGCGAGCGUCUGGAGCGCUUCCUUCAGAGCGGACACGUCAGACCGCCCGCGGUGAAUGGCGAGAGGAGCACGACGGGUUUUGAUGACUUGAACGCAAACCCGCUGCUGUCCGGUAGCGCGGCGUGCGCGUGCUCGUGCUGCUCGCUCCCGUACCGCUUUCUGCUGCCUCACGCGGACGCGCCCCUCAGCAGCCGCGCGCAUGUGGUGAUCAAGCCGAUCCCCACCAAACCCUCCUCUUCCUCCUCUUCCUCCUCCUCCGUGUUCAGCGUGUUCGGCUUCAUUUAGCGGGAGGACGAACACCCUUUAGACACUGUAGCGAGCUCCUCUCUGUUUUAACCCAUUACUGAAUCAGCUGGAUUUAAUGAACACUCGCCUUUAAGCACUUAAAAGUACAGAUGUAGCAAGAAUAAAGCACGCCUGUAUUGACUUGUAUGGGCUUUAGUGAAAGUGAAGACAUUAAACUAUCCAUUUCAGAGUGUUUGUGUGAGCACAGCACAAACACUGUUCUCCGGAGAGCAUCUUAUAAACACCAUGUCUCUGUCACAGCUC